GGCCGGUGACAGGCAACAUGGCGGGCAGCAGGCUGGAGAAAUUAGGCAGCGUCUUCACCAGGGUCCGAAACUUGUUGCGUUCUGGUGUGCUGAAGGAGUCUGAGAAGCCCUCCUGGUAUGAUGUGUAUGCUGCAUUCCCUCCGAGACGUGAACCCAUCUACCAGAAGCCAAAGGAAAGAUUUGGAAAAGCCAAAGACCCAGUUCAGACAUUUUUCUACCAGGAAGACGUGAUUAGAGCGAAAUUCUACAAGGUGUAUGGAAAUGGGCCAAGAGCAUUUGACCUUGCACGAUCCAAUUUCGUCUCCAUGUGCCAAAGAUUUGUGGAGAAGUACCAAGAUUUGGAGGCACAAGGUGAGGUCGAUGAGGAGAAGCUUUUUGAAGCAACCAGCAGAGCGCUCCUGGCAGAGGGCAUCAUUUUACGGAGGAGGGCUGGAGCCACAAUUUCGCCAGCGAGUUUGCCAAGUGGUGUUCUCCAGGAGACGGUUCCACAGGACACAGAGUUGCACUUGAAGCUGCAGGAUAUGCUGAAGGAUAUGCAAGAGGAACAAACAGAGAAGGAGACCCACCUGCAGUCACAGGCCGAGAGCCAGCCACAGUGACAGGAGCCUGUGCCCCGGAUGAAUAACUUCCACUUGUGUAUGGCAGACUCGCUCACUUCCAGCGACGACUCUGGAGCACUAAAGCGACCCUUAGGAUGUGUUGAAGGGCAGAAUCUGACUGUAAGUGCUCAGUACAAUCUGAGGCACACAGACCUGUUGCCUUCAGCUAGCGUCCCGAAACAUAAUGCAAAAAAACAUCCGUGGAGGCAGAGGGAUGGUUGAUGUUUCGGCUGGUGCAGGGUCUUGACUGAUGCAUCAACCAUCCCUCUGCCUCACAGAUGCUGCCUGACCCACUGAGUUCCUCCAGCGCUUUGUGUGUUGCUCACUAAAGAAAUAUAUCAACGUUUAAUUCCUAAAAUGCUACUAAAUUGAAAUUGAUAACUGAUAGUACAUGGAAAGUCAUGUUAUCAUUAAAAUUUACAUCAGUCCACAUGUUAAAGCAUUGCCCAGUGGAUCCAUAAACAACCAGGGGUCUGUGUGACCACCUUGGAAGCCAAGGGCAACAUUGAUAAAGCAAAGUGAAUGGAGAAGUAAAUUCUAAACAAAACAGAAAAUGCUGGAAGUACUCAACACAGUCAAUGUUUCAAGUGGAAGGCCCUUCGUCAGAACUGGCAGAGUUAAGCCUGAAACAUUAACUCUGUUUCUUUCUCCAUAGAUGCUGCCUGACCUGCUGAGGUUUCAGCUUUUGUUUUAGAUUUCCAGCAUCUGAAGAUUUUUUUUUUGAUUUUCAUAAGGAUGUGAAUUCUGCAUGUUUGACAUUUAUUGAGCACAGACUUCUAAAAGUAGAAAAACAAUAUUAAAUCGGUUUUCAGGGGUGUUUAUUUUCAAUAAAACCAAAGCAUACAAGUUCUAACUAAAUCCCAUCAUUUGCUCAUACCCCAGCCAAGUAAUCACAAAGGUAAAAAUUCCCGCAAGUAUAAUCAUUCCCCAUCUUUGUUAUUUAAUUUGUUCAUUCCCGUGAUGUGGAUGUCACUGGUAAAGCCAGCAUUUAUCCUGCACCUCUAAUUGCCCCCUGGAUUGAGGAACCAGGUAAAAGGUGAUCAUGUUGUUGGGUCUGCAGUCAUAUGUGGAGUGGCUGGAAGUGGAUGAAAAAUUCCCUUCCCUGAAAGACAUUAGUGAAGUAGAUAAGUUUUUACUAUAAGCCAGUGAUUUCAUGGUGCCAUUGAAUAGAUAAAUCUGGAGUUUUAGGAGAUAAAACUUAUUAAAUUAUUUGUAUUCAAAUCAGUGGCGCAACAUGCAGGUUGGUAGGUUAAUUGGCUGCUGUGUAUUGCCCAGGUGUGUUAGAAUCCAGUGAGAAUCAAUGAGAAUGUGGGGAGAAUUUAUAUAUUAAAAAAAGGGAUUAAUGUAGGGUUAGUGCUUGAUUAAUCGAUUGGUUUAUUGUUGUUACAGGCACAGUGAAAAGCUUUUGUUUACAUGCCAUCCAGGCAGAUCAUUCCAUACACAAGUACAUUGAGGUAGUAGAAAGAGAAAGGAAAGCAGGAUAUAGUGUAAGUGGGUGGUUGGUGGGGAUUAAUUGAGCUAAAGGGCCUGGUUCUGAGCUGUUUGUCUCCAUAACCCUAUUCUGUGACUUCUGUGACUAAAUUUCUUAGCUGUGGUGGUGAAAUUUGAACUUGUGUCUCUGGAUGAUCCAGAACUAUGGCUACUGGUCCUCUACUUGACCACUAUGUUAGUUAUCCCUGGUCUGGUGUGAUCUUCCUCCUAAUCCAAAUCUCACCAUCCCACCUCACUCUAUCGGAGAAAUAUUGGUCGACUUGUCAGUUGAUUGAGCCACUGCAUAGGGAUUAGAUCUACAACUUUGAAAUGCAGCAUGGUUUUCCCUGCACUAAAUUUGUGAUGGAUAAGAGGUUAUGUUACCGGAACAUUUAGCCAGAAGCCAGUCCAAUUGACCAGGGAAGGGAAGUACUAAUAUGAACCUUUGUGGAAGGACACUUGGAAGUGAGGAGGGUACUAGAGAAACAAAGGACUGCAGAUGCUGGAAUCUAGAUGAAGAACACUAUGAAGUAAGGUCCUGACCCGAAACGUUGACCGCCUGCUUUUCUCCACUGAUACUACCUGGCCUGCUGAGUUCCUCCAGCAUCAUUGUGUUUUUCAUCAGUGAGGAGGGUAGUGAUGGACUUCAAGGAGAUGGAGACGCCUGGAGGACUGGGCAGGUCGCAGAGUCAUACAGCACGGAAACAUGCCCUUCAGCCCAACUGGUCCAUGCUGACUAAGAUUCCCAACUAAACUCGUUCCUGUUUGCCUGCGUUUGGCCCAUAUCUCUCUAAACCCUUUCCUAUCCAUGUACCUGUCCAAGUGUCUCUUAAACCUUGUAAAUAGAUGAAAAAUGUUGUGUGAAAGGUGAAAGUUAAUGCAGCAAGCUGCCAAGUGAAAGAUCUUGGGAGAAAUCAUAAAUGGUUCAAUUCCAAAAGGAAACAGAAGUUGGGUGUAGAUGUGCGGAACUGUUUGAAGGUGGUAAAGUAGGUUGAAAUGCGGUUGUAAAACCUCAAGGUAACCUUGAGAUUCAGGAAUAGGGAGUACGAAAGCAGGGCUGAUAUGGUGAGCCUUUGCAGAAGACUGGUUUGGCGAGUGAUAUACUGACCUUGAAAGUAAGGAGAGAUUUUCUGAUACUGAGCUGGAAGCACUUGCGAAGGAUGAAGCAUGUGAUCUACACACAGGAGCCAGGAGGGCCUCCAGAUAUAUUUCCUGCAGUCAGUGGGAACAGAUAGCAGUGAGAGUUGAUGUCAGGAGUCGAGCCUUGAGGACUGGGAUGAAGUGCAGCAAGUAUCCAACAACCUCGCAGGUGCCACAGUGGAAACAAGGUGGAGCGGUUAGCGUAACGCUAUUGCAGCGUCAGCGAUCCGGGUUCAAUUCCCACUGCAGUCUGUAAGGAGUUUGUACGUUCUCCCAGUGUCUGCGUGGGUUUUCCUCCCACAUUCCAAAGACGUACAGGUUAGGAAGCUGUGGGCAUGCUAUGUUGGCGCCAGAGAAGUGGCAACACUUGCGGGCUGCCCCCAGAACAAUUCUCAGUAAU